UAAAGGGUGAGGUAGUGAGGUAGGAACACAGUCAUCCAUGAGAAGUGUUACCAUCAUGAAGGUUAUUGUUGUUGUGUUGAGUGUUGUGGCUGCUGCUGUAGCUGCCCCGUCUAGCCUCCAGCCCCGCUAUGGGUACUUCCCCACCCCGACCUACCAGACACCCGCUCGGUAUAACUUCGACCUGGCAGUGAAGGACGACUACUCCGGUAACGACUUCGGACACCAGGAGACUCGUAACGGCUACGACACUCGGGGGUCGUACUACGUGCAACUUCCCGACGGUCGUCUGCAGCAGGUGACCUACACUGUCAAUGGCGACUCUGGGUACGUGGCCGAGGUCACCUACCACGGGCAGGCCCAGUAUCCUGCCUACAGGCCCGCCCCAGCCUACAGGCCCGCCCCAGCCUACAGACCCGCCCCAGCCUACAGGCCUGUCCCAGCCUACAGGCCCUCCCCAGUGUAUGGCUAAACUAUACAGCAUAGACAUCUGAUAACUGGAAUUACCUGUAAACGACAUGAAUAAAGUUCUAAAACAGAAA